AUGCCACUCGCACCAGAGCAAAAAGUUAUUGUUAUGGUUAUGAUAGCAACAAUCGCAAAUUCGAUUGUAUCUAGCCAGAAUGCCAAUAUGAAACAGUUGUUGACAGAAUUGAAUAUGCUAAUAGAAUUACAGAACGAAAAUGAAAUUGUAAGAAAUCCCAGAGUUGCAAGACCGAAGGCGAAUGGAUUUUGGUCUGAAGUAUUUCCCUAUCUUGGCGAUGACAACCAGAAAUAUGAUUUUAAAACUCAAUUUCGUAUCAAAAGGUCAACUUUCGAUAGGUUAAUAGAAACCCUUUCCUCACAUAAUAAUUAUCAGCCGUCUGCGUAUCAUAGACAGACUCCGUUGGAGUUUCAAAUAGCUGUAGUUCUCAAUCGAUUGGCUAAUCCCAUGGGUUAUCGUCAGUUAGAAACAUUCUUAGGUGUUAGUCAAGGUUCGAUUUUCAAUUUUACGCGACGCUUUUUAAAUGCUGUGCUCGAUACUCUAAAGCCUAUUAUAACAUGGCCGACAGGAGAUAAAUUAGACGCUGUGAUCGAAGGGUUUGCACCUGCUGAAUUCAGAAAGAGACUUCCUAAUGUAAUAGGUGCGGUCGACGGUUCCCAUAUUCCAAUCAAACGACCACGGACUGUAUAUCACAACCGCUAUAUCAACAGGAAAAAUUUCCACAGUAUUGUCUUAAUGGCGAUCGUGGAUAAUACUGAACGAUUCACAUAUAUAUACAGUGGUCAACCAGGCAGUAUGCAUGAUGCAAGAGUUUUAAAGCAAUCGUCAUUUUGGAGAGGCGUAUCCCAUAAUCCUGGUAGAUAUUUUCCUAAUGAUACGCACAUUCUGGGCGAUUCAACCUUUCCUCUUAUGCCUUGGCUCCUCACGCCAUAUAAAGAAACCGCCGGAGGUAGGUUGACGCAGGCACAAAAAAUAUAUAAUAAGUCUCUUUUAUCAGCACGAAUGACCGUUGAACGAGCGUUCGGAAAACUGAAGAGCAGAUGGAGGAUACUGAAACAAGCGAUGGACGUAGAUAAUCUUGAAACUGCAGUCGAUAUCAUAGACGUAUGUUGUACAAUCUCUGUAUUGACUGUAAUGACUUGUGGGAUGGCGAUUUGGAAAAUCAUAAUAUAUUUGGAGAUGAGACAUUAG